AUGGCUAGAAAUGCUGAAAAAGCGAUGACCGCGUUGGCGAGAUGGCGGAGAAUGAAAGAAGAAGAGGAACGAGGACCCAUUGCUCGAAGACCACACGAUGUGAAAGAUUGCAGAAAUUUGUCAGACGCGGAAAGGUUCCGAAGAGAAAUUGUUCGUGAUGCAGCGAAAAAAAUUACCGCGAUUCAAAAUCCUGGACUUGGUGAAUUCAAACUCCGUGAUUUGAACGACGAGAUCAAUCGACUCAUAAAACUGAAACACGCUUGGGAGCAACGAAUUCGAGAAUUAGGUGGCACAGACUAUCGGAAAUAUGCGCAAAAAGAACUAGAUGCGAUAGGAAGAGAGACAGGCAAUUCACGAGGUUACAAGUACUUCGGAGCAGCAAAAGACCUUCCCGGAGUUCGUGAACUUUUUGAGAAAGGUACUGAAGGCGAAGAUCAACGGAGGCAUCGUGCCGAUCUGAUCAGAAAUGUCGAUGCUCAUUAUUUCGGUUACUUGGACGAUGAAGAUGGCCGGCUCAUUCCACUUGAGAAGCUUGUAGAAGAGAAAAACCUCGAGAAGAUUGCAAAGGAGUUUGCUGAAAAGCAAGCGCAGAAGCAGCAGUAUGCUACGGAGGCAGCUCCCGAAAACAUUUACAAAGUUGAAGACGAGGAAGAUGAUGAUGAUUUGGCGACACAAGAAUCGACCGUUAUCGGAGAAGAUGGAAGACCGAUGACCAUCCGACACGUGCUACUUCCAACGCAACAGGACAUUGAGGAGAUGUUGUUGGAGCAGAAGAAACAGGAACUCAUGAACAAGUAUCUCGAUUAA